UUCUUCGUCACCGCCCACCCAACCUCUUCCUCACAAUGUCGUACGCCUCCGUCGCUGCUCACAACGCGCCGCCCCCUUCUCAACAGCCCCAUGCGGACCAAGGCCUCCUCACCACUGAACCCCCUAGCGCGAACAACAUUGCCGAUGAUGGUGCCAAGGUCAACAUCGUCUCCUCCGACUUCAAGAAGCAUCCCGCGACUACCACCUCUGUCCAAGACAUCCCCGCUGACCUGCCUACGCCGGGCGCACCUAAGGGCGGUCGCAAGAGCAAGGGCCGCCGUUAUCUUGACGAGGCAGAGCAGGAAGGCUUCUACCUGUGGAAUGUCGCCAAGUACUACAUUCUCCAGCCCUCCGUCGCCGGUGGUCUCGUCGGUCUCGUGAACCUUGGCUUGAUUGGUGGCACCGCAUACACCUACUACACAAAGCCCCAUCUUCGUCGCGACACGCGCGCCAUCGCGUCGACUGUCGCCGCCGCUCUUGCGCUCUUCACCGGAGAGGGCUACGCUGCGGAAAAGUACAGCGAGACCCCCCGCGGGCAACGCGAGGCCGAGAAGGCCAAGAAGGAAGGCGCGGCGCUCUACCGGGUCGCCCGUGAGCACAUCCUUCGCCCUGGCGUCCUCGGUGGACUUGUUGGCGUUGUGAACGCCGGUAUUCUCGGUGCCGUUGGCUACUUCUCGUACACCAACUGGGACAGGCCUUCUUGGGACAGGCGCACUGUCUCUGCGGUCACUGUUGGCCUGCUCACGCUGUGGACAGGAGAGGGCUACGUUGCAGAGCGGUACCGCACGACUCACCACUAGGUUUUGACUCGUAGCGGCGCGUCAAAACGAAGACGGGACCGAAACUGGAGAUAACCACAGGAUACAGGACGUUUAGUGUAUGACCCUGUACUAUACCUCGUAGUCUUAUUCUUUCUUUACGCGCUCAAUAUUCGCAAAUAUUAAAUACGACCUUAUGACCACCAG